UAAAAAUCAUUCUGAACGGACAGACUAUUUAUUAUUUAUGCUCAUAUUUCUAUCCUUCUUCUAACUGGCAUCCGGGUUUCAUCUGUUAUUCUCUCACCACCGGAAACAUUUCUUCUCCGACGACUCGGCUUAUACCUUCCCUUUCUCAUACUUUCAUCAACAGUUUCACGUUUUCCUCACUCCCUCUCCUAAAUCGUUUCUCCUCGAUUUCUGACUCUACCUUCCUUAAUUAGCUUCAGAAUUACAGAUUUUUUUUUGAAUAAUUUCCCAAUUUAAUGUUCACCAUUAAGGAGUAAUUGAACUAUUGAUGUGCAGAGUAUACUUCACCGGAACCUGAAUUACGAUCUGAGAUGAAUCAGAUGAUGUGUUUGGAUGCGUUAGUGGUAUUCGCUUCUGUUCUGCUGACGUUCACACCGUGCUCGGCGGCGGUGACGGAGGCUCAGCUUCUGGUGAACAUGACGCUGGUUAAAAACGCCUCAACUACCGGAGCUUGUACGUAUAUAGUCACGCUUCAUCGAUUUAGACGAGAUCGAAUUCAUUUUUCCUGAAAGUUACUUAUCAAUUAUUGAUUGCUUGGACGGAAGUUUGCCGGCGUAUCACUUUCAAAGAGGAUUCGGCGCCGGAGCUCAAAAUUGGCUUUUGCAGUUUGAGGGUGGUGGGUGGUGCGACGACAUUAAAACAUGCUUGGACAGGUCUACAUCUAAGCGUGGAUCAACGACUUAUAUGAACAAGUGGGAGGUCUUUUCUGGCAUUCUCAGCAACAAUGCCUCUCUAAACCCUGAUUUUUACAAUUGGAACCGAGUAAAGCUUAGAUAUUGUGAUGGAGCAUCAUUUGCAGGAGAUUCAAAGUUUGAUAACGGGACAGUAUUGCUUUAUUUCAGAGGGCAGAGAAUUUGGCAAGCUAUCAUUCACGAUCUCCUUCCAAAAGGUUUGGGUCAAUCAAGAAAGGCUUUGCUUUCUGGUUGUUCUGCGGGUGGGUUAGCAACUUUUCUGCAUUGUGACAACUUCACCAGUUAUCUACCCAAGACAACAAGUGUCAAAUGCUUGAGUGAUGCUGGAUUCUUCCUAGAUGAGAGAGAUAUAAGUCUGAACUAUACAAUGAGAUCUUUCUACCAGAACAUGCUUUUCCUACAUGCAGCAGGACACACCCUCAACAAAAAUUGCACUGAUUCUCUUACCCAUCCUGAACUGUGCAUCUUCCCACAGUACGCAUUACCUUACAUUCAAACACCAUUUUUCAUCUUAAACUCUGCAUAUGAUGUGUAUCAAUUUCAUCACAUACUGGUUCCACCUUCUGCUGAUCUUGGUGGGCAUUGGAAAGCUUGCAAACUCAAUCCAGCAGCCUGUAGUCAAUUACAAUUGAGAACUUUACAUGGAUUCAGAAGAGACAUGCUCACAACUCUCACAGUUUUCUAUUACCACUCGAGAAGAGGAGGAAUGUAUAUAAAUUCAUGUUUUGCUCAUUGUCAAAGUGAGACUCAGGACACAUGGUUUGCAGUUGAUUCUCCCCGUAUUAAAAACAAGACUAUUGCAGAGGCAGUCGGUGACUGGUACUUCAGCAGAAGGGGAAGCAAACUGCUUGAUUGUGCAUAUCCCUGUGAUUCUACUUGCCAUAAUACCAUUGGCUGACAUACACACAUUCAACCCUGCACACAGAUUUCAUGAAAAAUUGGACCUGACAAUAAUUUUGUGAUUCUAAUAUUGGUUGGCACGGUACAUGAUAACUGUCUAUUUGCAGCAGAACCAUUACAAACUGUCUGUUUGAUUAGAGACUCUGUGACGGAUUUGCAGAAACUUGUUACAAGUUCGUCACAAAUUGACAGGUUUUUUGGAGUGAAUGGAAUGGUGUAGAUAGAAUAUAUGCGUGGUUUAUGAUACUCAUAGGAAAUAGGUCAAGAAUACAAUUAUACAAUUAGGAAAAGAUUUGUCUCAUUCACAGGCUCAUAGCCUAGGAUUAGUGAACAGAUUUCAUUUUUAGCAACGAAUAAGAGCACCUUUUGAUUGAUGUCUUGAUCUUUCAUUUCAAUGUAUACCAAUUUUAAAAAAUAUUUAGCUUCGCCCCUUGGACACGC